GGGCAAUUUUUGGAACUCAAGCUGCACUGUAAAACAUAAAAUUGUAGAAGACCCUGUUUUAAUUGGAAUAAUUAUGAAAGAGUUUAACAUCUUCUCCAUGUGGGCGCUCCUGCUGCUGCUGGAGAGCUCAUCAUCUGCUGAUGACUCAAGUGUUGUGAAUCCCUGUUGCUACUACCCAUGUCAGAACUCCGGGGUCUGUGUGCGAUUUGGCACUGAAAGCUACAAAUGUGACUGCACCCGUACAGGGUUCUACGGAGAAAACUGCUCCAUUCCGGAGUUAUGGACAAGAAUUCGUCUCAUGCUGAAGCCCAGACCUGCAGUGGUUCACUUCAUCCUCACUCAUUUCCACUGGUUCUGGGACCUCGUCAACAACUCUUUCCUGCAAGACACUGUGAUGCGACUGGUCCUGACUGUCAGAAGUGACCUGAUUCCAAGCCCUCCGACAUACAACUCAAAGUAUGGAUACCUCAGCUGGGAAUCUUACCAAAACCUCUCCUACUACACACGGAUCCUCCCUCCUGUGCCCGCUGGCUGCCCUUUGCCCAUGGGAGCUAAAGGGAAACCUGUCCUCCCUGAUACCAAAGUGUUGGUUGAGACCUUUUUCAAGAGAAAGAAAUUUAGGCCAGAUCCACAGGGAAGCAACUUGAUGUUUGCCUUCAUGGCUCAACACUUCACCCACCAGUUCUUCAAGACAAAUCAUAAAAUUCAAGGGGGCUUCACCAAGGCUUUGGGCCAUGGGGUGGAUGCAAGCAACAUCUAUGGUGAGGACCUUGCGAGGCAACAUCAACUUCGUCUUCAUGUAGAUGGGAAACUGAAAUAUCAGAUGCUAAACGGCGAGAUGUAUCCACCUCCAGUUUCUGAGGUUCCCGUCCACAUGGUGUACCCCGAAAGCUUCCCGGCCGCUCAGCGCCUGGCCAUCGGUCAGGAGGUGUUCGGCCUCCUGCCGGGCCUCACCCUGUACGCCACCAUCUGGCUGCGGGAGCACAACAGGGUCUGUGACAUCCUGAAGGCUGAACAUCCAACCUGGGAUGACGAGCAGCUUUUUCAGACCUCCAGACUCAUCAUCAUUGGUGAGAUCAUCAAAAUAAUAAUCGAAGAGUACGUGCAGCAGCUGAGCGGCUACCUGCUCAAACUGAAGUUUGACCCCUCCCUGCUCUUCGACGUGCGUUUCCAGUACAGUAAUCGGAUCUCUCUGGAGUUCUGCCACCUCUACCACUGGCACCCGCUGAUGCCGGACAGCUUUCUGAUCGACGGGGAUGAGAUUCCUUACUCCCAGUUUUUAUACAACACCUCCCUCCUCAUGCAUUAUGGCAUCGAGAAGUUGGUGGAUGCUUUCUCUAGACAGCCUGCGGGACAGAUAGGUGGGGGGCACAAUUCUCAUGAAACGUUGCUUAAAGUGGCUGAAAUAGUCAUCAGAGACUCCAGAACGGCGCGGCUUAGGCCUUUCAAUGAAUACAGGAAGAGGUUCAACUUGAAGCCGUACUCAUCUUUUGAUGAAUUCACUGAUGAUGCUGAAAUGGCCCGAGGUUUAGAGGAACUCUAUGGGGACAUAGACGCUCUGGAGUUUUACCCUGGUAUCCUGCUGGAGAAGACCCGUCCCAACAGCAUAUUCGGUGAGAGCAUGGUGGAGAUGGGCGCUCCCUUCUCCCUGAAAGGCCUGCUGGGAAACCCCAUCUGUUCCCCUGAAUACUGGAAACCCAGCACCUUCGGAGGGGAGACGGGCUUCGGCAUGGUGAAGUCGGCCACUUUGAGGAAGCUGGUGUGUCUCAACACCAAGUGGUGUCCAUAUGUGGACUUCCAUGUCCCACGGGACGAACAGGAGGCAAAACCGAGGAAACCACCCACUGAACUUUGAUGAAGACUCACCUGACACUCUUUAUUAGUUAAAAUCAGUGACAUGCUCUCUGAGCACAGAGGAUGAUUUUGAUAUUUCGGAGUUACUUUUUCAAGUUUGCAUACAGUUAGAAAUGGUAUAUUUAUGCUGGACUACCUCCUAAAAACAGGGCUGACAAAUACGUUUUUCCAGCUUGGGCAUCAUAGUUUCAAGGAUUGGAUGAAAGUUCUCCCAUCAAUACAGAAGCUUCUAUAAAUAUUGUUUCAUCAACAUUUGAGUAUUGAUGUGACUACAUUUGUGAUUUUUGUGAGUUUUCUGUGUAAUUACCCAUUCAAAUAUGCAAAUUCA